AUGGGCAGCAAGAUGGCUUCCACCACCAGGGUUGUGCAGGUCGUGAAGCCACAUGCUCCAUUAAUAAAGUUCCCUAACAGAAGAGACAAACCUAAACUCAGUGCCUCAGAAGCUCUGGGAUCUGCUGCGCUCCCCUCCCACUCCUCUGUCAUUUCACAGCAUUCUAAAGGAAGUACAUCCCCCGAUUUACUGAUGCACCAGGGGCCACCAGACACUGCAGAAAUUAUAAAAUCAUUACCUCAGAAAUACAGAAGGAAACCUAUGUCUCAAGAGGAAAUGGAAUUUAUCCAGCGUGGGGGUCCAGAGUGAUUGUCGUGGUUGCUGCUUGUC